UGACUUCUGUUUUUGUUCGCAAGUUAUCAAAUAGACUACGACUAGAGACUACUUUCUUUUCAUUUUCCGGUCAAUUUAUUAAAAAUAUAUUAAAAUACUAUUAAAAUAAUAUAAUUUAUAAUGCUGAGAAACGCAACGAAAAACCUAAUUACUUCAUUCAGUAAAACAACAACACCAAUUCAAUGGAACCUCAACAAGAACAUCUCAACCACACAAACCAAACAGCAAUUCCUGAUACCAAUGGUAGUUGAACAGACGGGACGAGGCGAACGAGCCUAUGAUAUAUUCUCAAGACUCUUAAAAGAACGAAUUGUCUGUCUAAUGGGUCCAAUCCACGAUGGAGUAAGCUCUUUAAUUGUCGCCCAAUUACUUUUCUUACAGUCUGAAGAUUUAAAUAAACCAAUUCAUUUGUAUAUUAAUUCUCCUGGUGGCCAAGUAACUGCUGGAUUAGCCAUUUAUGAUACAAUGCAAUAUGUGAAGCCUCCAAUUGCAACUUGGUGUAUUGGACAAGCUUCUUCGAUGGGUUCGCUUUUACUUGCCGCAGGUGAGCCAGGAAUGCGAUAUUCUCUGCCAAACUCUAGAAUUAUGAUCCAUCAACCAUCUGGUGGUGCUCAGGGUCAAGCUACAGAUAUUCAAAUUCAAGCAGAAGAAAUUAUCAAACUUAAACAUCAACUUACACGCAUUUAUGUUAAACACACACACCAAAGUUUCGAGUCGCUGAUGGAUAAGAUGGAACGUGACAAGUUCAUGUCCCCAGAGGAAGCUAAAGAACUGGGGAUUGUUGAUCAUGUUCUGGAGCAUCCACCAGCAGUGGGAGAAGUAACUGACAAGAAGCUUACACCGGAGGAACAAGCUGAGAAGGACAAAGGUGAUGAGAUCAUUAUUUAAACCAACGACCGUGUUUUGUGAUUAUAUAUGAUGAAUGUGAAUUUUGUUGUUAGUUUUUAGACAAUAAAAUUGAUUUUUAUUUA